UGGGACGGUGGCAUGAUAGACAAAAUUUCUGUUAUUCAAAGCUACUCUAAAUGGUGCUGGGGCACAGAUGACCUGCUAGGUAAUCUUGAUGUACAACAGCUGCUAGCUGCCUGGCGCUGGGCCCAUUAUAAUAUAGCAAGAAAGUUGAGUUGGGAAUAUCCUAUUGACAAACAAACGAUUAAUAUCAAAGACAACAAUAUUGAUAAUGAAAAAUGUUGGCUCGAGACAAACUGGGAAUUUGAAUGCCAAAUUCCUGAAUGGCUUAAACGAAUUCAUAAACAUCCUAGUCCCCUUUGGUGGCGUAUUGUCGACAUAGCUGAUCCGAAAUUAACCGAAAUUAUUACGGAAUCAGAGUUUCUAGGUUUAAACGAAAUAUUUCUUUCUAACCUUCCGUCAGAUUGGGAAAUAUUAGAGCCACCAGUUGAAAGAUGCUUGUACUCGAUUGCGAUGAUAAGAGGAUUACAAAAAGUGGCUAAAACCGUAUUGCAUUAUGGUGUUUAUGGUGCUAUAAUUAAUAUUCGGAAGAUUUUGUCCACUCCUAAUGAGACUGAAGAUGAAAACCCCUUCCUUAUCCCCCAACUACUGAAAUCACAAUGGCUAAUUAUGUUGUUCAAGAAGAAGAUUUGGAUCAUCCAGACGUAUGAAAUGAUCAAUAAGAAAAUACCGCAACGAGAGAAUUCUGAAAGGGAUAUUGAUGUAGUUUUUAAGUCUCAUAUGUUUUCUUGUUUUGAUAACAUUAUGGAUUUACAUUU